UCUUCUUCUCGCCGCCUCCGUCGCAGCCGGGUGGCGCGGCCUCGGGGAGCGGGGGCUGAGCCCGUACGCGCCGCGCCCUCGCUUCCCAGGGGCGGAGGACUCGCCCCCGACCCCGCGCGGGGCCCUCGGCUCCCCCCGGGCCCGGCGUUCCCGGGCUUCGUUCCUCGUGGCCGGGACGCUCCCCUCCGGCACUCCGGAGGGGCGGACACCUGCCGCCGGUGGUCCCCCAGUCGCGUCCUUGCGCCACACCGACCGCCCAGAGAGUCCCCGUUCCGUUUGCCCUCCUUCCCACCGCCACAGCCUCCCGACCUCCGGUUCCUCCUGCCCCGGCCGCUCCCCAGGGCACCCUCGGCGGGCGGAGGACCCCGCCAACCCCGCGGAGCCUGGGCCAGGCCUGUGCCCGGACUCCCUGCCGGGCGCCCCUCAUCCUUCCGCCCGCGCCCCGUUUUCACUCUCUGCCCCUCUUGUCGCCGCUUGGAGCCCCUCCUCCUCAGGGCACGGGAUGUGAGCCCCUUUAACCUGUAAUGCUGUGGCUGGCCCUUGGCCCCUACGGUGCCAUGGAGAACCAGGUGCUGGUGAUUCGCAUCAGGAUUCCAAAUACUGGCGCGGUGGACUGGACAGUGCACUCCGGGCCCCAGUUACUCUUCAGAGAUGUGCUGGAUGUGCUAGGCCAGGUUUUGCCCGAAGCCACAACUACAGCAUUUGAAUAUGAAGAUGAAGAUGGUGAUAGAAUUACUGUGAGAAGUGAUGAAGAAAUGAAGGCAAUGCUGUCGUAUUAUUAUUCCACAGUAAUGGAACAGCAAGUAAAUGGACAGUUAAUAGAGCCUCUGCAGAUAUUUCCAAGAGCCUGCAAGCCUCCUGGGGAACGGAACAUACAUGGCCUGAAGGUGAAUACCCGGGCUGGACCCUCUCAACACACCAGCCCUGCAGUGUUGGAUUCACUCCCAAGCAAUAGCUUAAAGAAGUCCUCUGCUGAAUUGAAAAAAAUAUUAGCCAAUGGCCAGAUGAAUGAACAAGACAUAUGCAAUCAAGACACCCUUGGUCAUGGCAACGGAGGCACGGUCUACAAAGCAUAUCAUGUCCCAAGUGGGAAAAUACUAGCUGUAAAGGUCAUACUAUUAGAUAUUACACUGGAACUUCAGAAGCAAAUUAUGUCUGAAUUGGAGAUUCUUUACAAGUGUGAUUCAUCAUAUAUCAUAGGGUUUUAUGGGGCAUUUUUCGUAGAAAACAGAAUUUCCAUAUGUACAGAAUUCAUGGAUGGGGGCUCUUUGGAUGUAUAUAGGAAAAUUCCAGAACAUGUUCUCGGAAGAAUUGCAGUAGCAGUUGUCAAAGGCCUUACCUAUUUGUGGAGCUUGAAGAUUUUACACAGAGAUGUGAAGCCUUCCAACAUGCUCGUGAACUCGCGAGGACAAGUCAAGCUCUGUGAUUUUGGUGUAAGCACUCAGCUGGUGAAUUCUAUAGCCAAGACGUAUGUUGGAACAAAUGCUUAUAUGGCGCCUGAAAGAAUUUCAGGAGAGCAGUAUGGAAUUCAUUCUGACGUCUGGAGCUUAGGAAUCUCUUUCAUGGAGCUUGCUCUUGGGAGGUUCCCAUAUCCUCAGAUUCAGAAAAACCAGGGAUCUUUAAUGCCUCUCCAGCUUCUGCAGUGCAUUGUUGAUGAGGAUUCGCCCGUCCUUCCGGUUGGAGAGUUCUCCGAGCCGUUUGUACAUUUCAUCACUCAGUGCAUGCGAAAACAGCCAAAAGAAAGGCCAGCACCAGAGGAACUGAUGGGCCACCCGUUCAUCGUGCAGUUCAAUGACGGAAACACCACUGUGGUGUCCAUGUGGGUAUGCAGGGCACUGGAGGAGAGGCGCAGCCAGCAGGGGCCCCCGUGAGGCCACCCAGGGAAGUCCAGAACUGGUCACCCAGGGGACACCACCCACAGGCCCUCUGCAUUCGCUGCCAGCACCAGAAGAGCUUCACUGGCCCAGCCCUUCGCACUCGCCUUCGCCCUACGGUGGAUAGCCCUGCCUGGGCACCCUCCGGGGUGCAUCUCCUACCUGGCAGUCCUCACGCCUGUCCUGAGCACCGAGUCCAGCAGGCUGGGUCAGCCCGAGUGGCCGGGGGAAGUGCCCUGGCCCCUGCUCCCCUUGUACUAACACUGCUCUGUAAAGGUCAGGCCCUGUGGGCAGCACCGGUGGAAUAAAGUGUUGCCGCCUUGGGCAUCUCCCCACAGCCGAGUGUUCAGUGCAUCCGGCAGCCACGCGGGGUCUCCACAUGAACAGGGCCUCUGGGACAGGUGUGCCACCCAGGCAUCUGAUGGCACC